AAACAAGGUUUGUUAUUCGAUCAUAUUAGUCUUGCGAGCUGUUUCAGGUCUCGCACAUUCACAUGCAAAAGACGCUUGCGGGAUCGACGUCAUCGUCAGGAACCGCCGGAGAAAACUCCGUUUCCAACACAAUAAUUCGUUUUUUGUAACUUGCGUUCUCUGCCAUCGAUUGAAACUUUCAUAGUUUCGUCAAUUUCUAUCUCCUUUCUCUCACUGAUCACAAUAUCGCACAAAUGGAGAACCCACUUCUCCACCCUUUCGUUUUUCUUUACCAGCUUAUGCAAUGGUUUCUAGACAAGCUUCUAUCCCCUGAACCUCCCAACCCCGGAGCUAAGCUUGGAAGACCUAAGAUUGCUAUUAUCGGUGCUGGAUUAACUGGUGUUUCUGCUGCCAGUCAUUGUGUUGGUCAUGGAUUCGAUGUGCAGAUUUUCGAGGCCGGACCGAGGAAACAGCUUGGUGGAAUUUGGAGCAGAGUGAACAAUACCUCAGGACUUCAGAUCCAUUCUAUCAUGUAUCGUUUCCAUCCCUCCAUUCGCUGGGAUGGAGGCUACCCCAAUCGACAACAAAUCGUAUCCCAAAUCACUGAGCUAUGGAAAAGAUAUGGGCUCGAGGAAAAGACUAAGUUCGAUACGAAAGUCGAUAAAGUAUAUCAAGACGAGAAAGGACGAUGGGUCAUCAACAACCCUUCUCUCGGUCGAUUCGAUGGAAUCAUCGCUGCGGUCGGAACUUGCGGAGACUCGAAAAUGCCGCACAUACCUGGACAGGAAAAGUUCAAGGGCGAGAUAUACCAUAGCAGUGAUCUCACUGGUAAAGAAGCUAAAGGCAAGAAGAUGAUUGUCAUUGGUGGUGGUGCAUCUGCUGUUGAGGCUCUCGAAUUUGCUAGCCAUGAGGAGGCAGCUAAGACGUACAUCCUGGCUCGAAGCGAUAAAUGGAUCAUUCCCAGGAAUCCGGUCGUUGAUAUCAUUUUGAGCUUUAAUAUCUUUGGAGGCGAGACGCCGUUUUCAUUUAUCCCAGAAUUCCUCCUGAAGAAGUUCUUCUACAGAGACUUAGAAGAUUUGGCUCCGACUGACAAGGGACUGUUCACUGGAACGCCAAUGGUCAACUCGGAUGUCAUGGAUAAGAUUCGUUCGGGACAGGCAGAGUGGUUGAGAGGUGACAUCAAGGGUUUCACUGAAGAGGGUAUCAUGUUCAGCCAACGUGGAAAGGGUGUACCGGCUGGUGGACCUGGAAGAGAAAGGUUGAUCAAGGGCGACAUGGUCGUGAUGGCUACUGGAUUUGAUCGUCCAAGCUUGAGUUUCUUGCCAGAAGACAGCUUUGGAGAACCUUACAACCCACCCAACUGGUACUUACAAACAUUCCCUCCUACGCACCCGUCGAUUUGUGCAAAUAAUUGCACCUAUAUCAACGCAAUCGGCUCCGUCGGGAACUGGCACAUUGGAAUCUACACCCGCAUCCUCCUCAUGUUCCUCUCCGACCCUCUAACACGUCCCCGACCCUUCUGGAUGGAGCGCUGGAUCGACAUGACUCGCUUUGUAAAGAACUUCGCGCCAACAGGAGCAUUCGAUUUCUUCACAUAUCUUGAACUUGUCUGGUGGUUCACGUUCUGCAUUGCGAUUAAUCCGUUUAGAUGGAAGUGGGCGUUUUUUGUCUUCUUCGGUCUAGGACAUGGAUUGCCGAGGAAGGUUGUGGAUGCGGAGGAUAGGAUUCGGAAUGGACUUGGUGUGAAGAAUGGGGAGAAUUAUGAUGCUGGGAAGAGUUUUUGA